AUGUAUAAUAUUAACAAUCUAACUUUCAUUGCUUGUAGUAACAUAUACAGAGUGUCGGGUAGGGACGUGUCAAGGUAAAGCAACAAAAGAAUCAAGGUCAGGGAAUUUUCUACGAAGUCGUGAAAAUCUCUUAUUGGUAUGUUCAAAAUUUUAUUUUCCUUGCGCACAAGAUCCCGUGUAAUUUAGCCUAAAGACUUUGUAAAUGAAGACAGGAAUAUUGAUAGUUUGGAAUAAAAGGACCCAAGCAAGUUUAAACGUGCAUUGUUUAUUCCACUUUUAAUCACCGCAUAACACCCUUGUGGAAUCUGUUUGGGUUGAAAUAGCUACUCCCAAAAACCAGAAACCCAUCUUGGUUGGCUGUAUCUACAAGCAUCCAGGUGCGAAUAUUGAUGAAUUUAAUGGGAAACUUGACGAAACAAUGAAGCUAUUUAACCCAAACAGGUACCAAUUGUUUAUCCUUGGUGAUAUGAAUGUAGACUUUUUUAAAUGAGAUAGUCACCCACCUACAGAGGCUUACCUUGACAUGCCGUAUUCCAAUAAUUUAUUACCCUGAUUAUUACUAAAUUAAACCAACACGUCUGACCUAUCAUUCAGCUACAUUAAUUGAUCAUAUCUAUACCAACAGUACAUCCAAAAUUGUCUCUGGGAUAGUAAUGGUGGAUAUCUCUGAUCCCCUCCCAGUUGUCUGUGUUACAAAUAUAACAGUUAAGAAACACAACCCUAUUAAGUAUUAUCGAGAUUACCGCAAUUUUGAUCAAGAAUCUUACUUACAGGAUAUCAAUGCAGUCAACUGGAAUGCUAUCUAUAGUAAUGAUCUGCAUGAGACAGCUACUAAAACAGGGGCACCCAACGAGAAUAUAGUUCAAAACCACUAAAACAUAGCAUUGUUAAACGUAUUUUAGUAUUUAAACGGUAGAUAUAGGCAUAUUUUUAUCCCCUAAAAAUUUUUCAUCUGUUCGGAUUUCCUAGCUGAAAGUCUAGUGAUCCGAAAAUUAUAGGGAUCAAAACUUACCUUUUCGAAAAUUUCAGCCAGAAAAAAGGCUCCCGAAAAUUCUAGGUGACCUUUUUAGGGUAAAAAUCCGUUAAAAAUAGGCAGUUAUACCAUUUUUUAGAUGUUCGAAAAUCCUAGGAGAGGUAGGCAAGCAAGAAAUUUUACAACAAAUGUUUCGAAAAUUCUAGAUCUCAAAUCGUCUUCCGAACAGAUAUUCUUCCGAAAAUUGUCGUUAGGUGCCCCUGCUAAAAUAACUGACCUGAUUAGAUCAAUUGCAGAUAAACAUGCACCAAUUAGGCAAUUGUCCCCCCAAAAAAAUGAAAUUGUGUACUAAGCCGUGGAUAACUAAUGGUGUUCUUAAAUCAAUCAAAACUAAGCAUAAAUGAUGCAAAACACACUUUCUUUCUAACAAUCCAAUUAAGGUGACGGAAUAUAAAAAGUAUGCUAACAAACUGAAUUGGCUUAAGAACAUUUGCAAAAAGAACUACUUUUCACAACACUUUGACCUAUGUAAAAACAACCUGAAGGCAUCUUGGAAAUUGACUGGUAUGCUAGUUAAGCGCAACUCAAAGGGACAAACCCCCAUCUCGAAAAUUCACUAAUAAGGCUGAGAUUGCCGAUCAAUUUAAUAAGCAUUUUGUCAAUGUGGGUCAAAACCUGGCCAAAAGAAUUGAAAAUUGUGAUGGAAGUCCGACCCAAUUCAUAAGAUCGACUCCAGUAGCUAGCUUUGUUAUGUCCUGUGUUACUGAAAUCCAAGUAUGUUCACUAUUUAAAGCGGUUUAAAUGAUCAUAAGUCAUCCUUAGAUAUUCCUAAUAAAUUAAUUAAAAUAGCUGCCCAGCCAUUGUCAAUGCCUUUAACAUAUAUCUAUAACCAGUCUGUUGAAACUGGAAUUGUUCCUUAUAUUUUAAAAGUUUCACAAAUUUCCCCAGUUUAUAAGGGUGGUGAUGCUACAGACCCUAGCAACUAUCGGUCCAUAGCAACUCUCUCACCUUUUAGUAAAGUGCUCGAGCGUCUAGUCUAUAAUCAGUUAUAUUCGUUCAUAGAUAAAAAUCAAAUCUUGUGCAAAUAUCAGUUUGGAUUUACGAAAGGAUAUUCCACCGAACAAGCUAUUCUUGAAAUUACUAACAAUCUGAAGCUAGCUACUGACAAAGGUCAAAUAACAUGUGGUUUAUUUCUCGACCUAUCAAAGGCAUUUGACAAAGUAAAUAAUAAAAUACUGCUCUCUAAACUAUAUCUGUAUGGAAUUCGGGGUACACCACAUAAUUGGUUUGAAGGUUAUUUGCACAUACAAUCGAAGACAAUAUGUUAAAAUUGACUCUACUAAAUCUAGGUAUGAAAAUAUUACCUGUGGUAUACCCCAAGGCUCGACUCUAGGUCCUCUUUUAUUUUUACUCUAUGUGAACGACUUACCAAACUGUGUCGACAAACUUUCGGUGCGGAGCUUUGCUGUUGACACCAAUUUAUUUUACUCUAGUGACAACUUAAAACAGCUUGAAUCCGUAAUGAAUCAAGAGCUUAAACAAAUUUAUAACUACUGUGCUCUAAAUAAGUUAUCUAUUAACACUGCAAAGACCAAUUACAUGUUAGUCUCAUCAUCUAGGUGCCACCCAAAGAUAGAAAGAUUACAUAAAGCACUUGGGAGUUUAUAUAGAUAAACAUCUCAAUUGGCAACCACAGAUACAACAUGUAAAUAAUAAAUUAGCUAAAAAUUUAGGAAUCCUUUCAAAACUAAGAUAUUAUAUAGAUCUGAAUAUACUGAAACAAAUUUAUUAUGCUUUAAUAUAUCCCUAUUUGAGUUACGGUAUUCUUGCUUGGGGAUGUGCCAGCAAAACCAGAUUAGAUUGUCUUCGUAUUAAACAUAACAAAUGUCUCCGCACCAUCUUCUUUGUACAUCCUAGAGAGAGUGCUGCUCCCUAUUUCAAACUCCUAACAAUCCUUAAUUUAGAUAAUAUAUAAAAAUCAAACUAUGUUGCUUUAUACAUAGAAUGAGCAAUGAGACUGAUAGCAUUCCAGAUAUUUUCCUUGAUGUCCUGACCCCAGCAUCGCGUAUACACAAUCAUAAUACAAGAUUUGUCAGUAAUCCGAACUAUUUUAGGCCAAGAGUAUCCACCAACUUCGGUAAGACGUCCUUUAAAUUCUCCGCUCCAAAAAUCUGGGAGACUGUACCGCCUGGUCUCAAGUGUCUGCCAUAUCAUAAGUUUAAGAAAGAAUGGAAGUCCUGUCUUCUAACCAACCAAAUCUGA